GCUGAGCCAUAUUUGCCGACCUGCUGUGUCGCACACACCUCUCGUUGCAUGACUUCUCACUCCUCUACCUCGAAUCCUAAACCUCGACGCCGCCCGGCCAAGAAAAACGGCGCGGCCACCGUCGACUCUGAUCCCAUGAACCCUCGAGCCGUCGCCACCUCGCUGGAAAGCAUAGAGAUCGUGCCACGCACUCCGAGGACCCCCGCUACUGCACGUCGACCCCACGGUCAUGGUGGACGCACCCCGGACGAUGUAGACGAGGUGGAGCUGAGCUUGCUAGGCGAAGAGGAGCGUCGUGCCGCCGCCGCCGACUUGACCAUAGAGGAGGAGCAGGAGUACCUCGCCCAGGCUGACGGGAAGCGACCCUUCUCUGCACGCGACAAGCAGGCGGUGGUUCUGCUCAUUAUUCUUUACUUGAUUCAAGGAUUCCCACUAGGUCUUGCCCUGGGAUCCGUGCCAUUUAUUCUCCGAGAGCAUCUAUCCUACUCUGAACUCGCUGUAUUCUCGCUAUCCGGCUACCCGUAUUCCCUCAAGCUCUUCUGGUCACCCAUCGUAGACUCUGUCUUCAUCCGCUCCGUCGGUCGUCGCAAAUCAUGGAUCAUACCUAUGCAACUCAUAAUUGGCACUACAAUGCUUGUAAUAUCGUACAAGGCCGAGGAACUCAUGGCAAACCCUGGUCAGCACCUAUACGCGCUCAGUUUCGCGUUUACGUCGCUCGUCUUCUUCUCCGCAACGCAAGAUAUCGCUGUAGAUGGUUGGGCUCUGACCCUCCUUUCGGAGGAUAAUCUGGCGUAUGCCUCCACAUGUCAGACCAUUGGUCUGAACACCGGCUACCUUCUAUCAUACACGGUAUUCCUUGCGCUUAACAGCGAAGAUUUUGCCAAAAAAUGGGGUAUCCCAAGACUGUCUCUGGGCUCUUACCUCUUCUUCUGCGCGUUUAUGUCCUUCGCAGUUACGAUCUGGCUAUUCUUUAUCAAGGAGGAUAAAGAAACCUCCGAGGAUAUUGGCAUCAAGGCCGUAUACGUCACCAUGUGGGAAAUAUGCAAGCUACGACAUGUACAAGUUCUGCUCGGCGUUCACUUGCUCGCAAAAAUUGGUUGGCAAGCGAGCGACGCCGCUACACAGCUCAAGAUGGUCGAGAAGGGCCUCGGAAGAGAAGAUCUUGCCAUCACGGUGCUCAUCGACUUCCCCUUCGAAAUCAUCGGUGGCUGGCUCGCUGGCAAAUGGUCGCGAGGCGACAAGCCUCUGCGAGCUUGGAUAUACGCUUUCUGGCCUCGACUGGGUCUGACGCUCCUUGCUACUCUGAUGGUUUACUGGUUCCCUAAGCCGCCGAUCACGACCGGUUUCUUUGUUUCCCUUGUGCUGCUGACGAUCGCGCAGUCGUUCGCGAGCACGAUCCAAUUCGGUGGCAUGUCCGCGUUCCACACCCGGAUAUCUGAUCCUGUGGUUGGUGGGACAUAUAUGACUCUGUUGAACACGUUCACCAAUCUAGGCGGUACUUGGCCCCGUUAUUUUGUCCUCAAGGGAGUGGACUACUUCAGCAUCGCGACAUGUAAAAUAGACGGUGCUAGCCUCUCUGUCAAAGCGCAAGAAUGUGUCUCUGACCACGGAAGGGCUGCUUGUCAAAAAGUCGGAGGGGAGUGCAUCACCGAGCAGGACGGCUACUACAUCGUUUCUGCGUUGUGCAUAACCUUUGGCGUGCUUUCCGUCCUCUUCUUCCUGAUACCAACAGCCAGGAAGCUGCAAGCCGUCCCUACAAGGGAGUGGAGGAUAUACUCUUGACCUCCGGUGGGGACCGGUGUCGAUGGACGCUGUAAAAUUAGUCGUUUACUCUAUCGCACGAUGUAUUGGGUGGUUUGAGCGUGCGUAUGCCGCCAGCCAUGUCACAGUCGGGCUCAAGAAGACUGUAGCCGUCGCACAUCGUGUUAAGAAACGUGUGGCAAUAAACGGGGCACAUUGCGCGUGUGGACGAGCGCCAGCGCUGCCGGCCCUGAGGGAAGCGCUGAUUGGCCGGCGGAGGGCUGGCCUGGUCUGAAGCCUGCGGCUUUUCCUUUUUGUAUAUCUGCUGCCACUGU